UAAUAGGUUUUACAUAAUAUCAUUAUUAUUUGUACAACUUGUAUUUUGAAUAUUGAUUUUGCUUGUAUUUAUGUGAUAGGAACUAUCUGUACAUUCUAUGUUGUGUUGGGACGCUUUUAGUGGUGACAAGUUCCAGACAUCGCGGUAAAGUAGCGGCGGUAAAGUUUAGUACUCUGAAAGAUAAGUGAAAUUAACGACGUGUUUAUUUACAAGUAUUCUUGUUUCUAAGUGGACCCAUUUCCCUCUCAGUUGUGUGCAGCCAGCGAGGGUUCAAGAUGACCACACUUAGCUUGCUCCUCGGGGCUGGUCCAUUGCUGCUACUUGUCCUAAGCCCAGUACAUGGAUCAGACAACGCCGCCCUCCCAUUGGUUCUCUGGCACGGAAUGGGAGACAGCUGUUGCAACCCUCUCAGCAUGGGCUCCAUAAAGAAGAUGAUCGAGGAAACGAUCCCUGGAAUUGACGUCCUGUCACUGAUGAUUGGCAAGACUGUCAGUCAGGACACAGAGAAUGGUUUCUUCAUGGACGUCAAUGAGCAGGUGUCCAUGGUGUGCAGCCAGCUGGCUCAGGAUCCCAAGCUGAAGGAUGGCUACAAUGCCAUGGGCUUCUCUCAGGGAGGGCAGUUCCUGAGGGCAGUGGCGCAGCGCUGUCCAUCUCCUCCAAUGAAAACCCUGAUCUCUGUUGGGGGACAACAACAAGGGGUGUAUGGUCUCCCUAAAUGCCCUGGAGCGAGCUCCCAUAUUUGUGACUGGUUUCGCAAGAAACUCAACUCAGGAGCCUACACCGAUAUCGUGCAAAAACACUUGGUGCAGGCACAGUACUGGCAUGACCCACUGAACGACGAACUGUACAAAAAACACAGCCUCUUCCUGGCUGAUAUUAAUCAGGAGCGGGUGGUGAACGAGACCUACAAGAAGAACCUCCAGCUGCUGGACAAGUUUGUGAUGGUCAAGUUCUUGCAAGACAGUAUUGUGGAUCCAGUUGACACUGAGUGGUUUGGUUUUCUGAAAACGGGUCAGGCAAAAGAGACCGAAACCCUUCAGGAGAGUGUACUCUAUAAAGAGGAUCGUCUGGGACUGGCAGCAAUGGAGGCAGCUGGAAAGCUGGAUUUCCUGGGUACAGAAGGAGAUCACCUCCAGUUCACCAGGCAGUGGUUCAAAGCCAAACUAGUGCCUUACCUGCGCUAAAUACACCUAGCUACCUACGCUCUGUUGACAUUCGAGUUGCACUGAUCAUUCCUAUCAUAUCGAUACCAUCCUGUUUAAUCUAAUAAUGCACCAUUUCUUAUGAUUUUAAAAACCAUGUUUUGCCCAGUUAACGUACUACCAGAGAUGCAUGGUGGUCUAAUUGGGAGAUAUCCUUUAGUUAAAAUUUGAGGAUAAUUUUUGUUUAGCACUAAAACUUAAAGGGUGGUGGGAGUUUUCCUUUGCAAGUAGUGUGUGUAAUGGUAAAUAACAGAACUAAUGAUAUGUUAGGAAAUCACUGGUUCUGAACUGGGCUAAUUAUUAUCGUUAAUGUCACCAUUUACCCAGCUCUCCUUGUGAAAAAUGGUCAACAAUGACUCUUUGGGAAAAUUUGCCAAAUGUAAGGGCACAUCAUACAAAUCCCCCCUCUUCAUCCCAUAUUUAGCCUGCUCUUACUGUCCAUGAAGCAUGGAGAAAUAUCACCCACAUUGUCCAUUUCUUCAAUAAUCACACAACCAUACUCUGAACAGACUCAAAAGACUACGACUUCUUAUAAUUAUUUUAUUGCAACUUUUGUCUUCCUCCAGUACUAAUGAGCAAAAUGUUGAUUCUUGACCUAAAUAAAGAGGUAAAAGAAACUCCACAGAGCAUGACAACUACAACAGGAUAACCACAGAUGUAGUAGACUAGAGACAAGAGUGGAUAGGUGGGUUGAUGUGAAGGUGAUGGAGACAGUGGGGUUAAGACAACUCUAGCAUUAAAAAGCAAUGUCUAUACAGAUCAUUACAACAGUCCAAUAAUCAUUCAGAGCUUAAGAGAGGCAACCCCAAACUUAGCCAUUAAUGAUUCUUCAAGAGUACGUUAACGCCUCGUCUAUCUCAAGAACCACUUUCACUUCCAGUUUGUGCCAAAGUGAAGUCACUCACCACAUACUUCCAUAUCAUUCUCCCUCUUUGCCACCGUUCACCUCCAUAUGUCUCAAUAAUAUGGAAUGUUCAUUUUCAAUGCUAAAGGGAAUGUGCCAUGUGUCUUGGGAAUAAAACUUAUAUUUCAAUAUUUUUUUCAUCA